CGGAGCUUCUCUGCCGCAGGACAGGCAAAAGCUAAUCGUGUGAUUGUGAUUAACAGGCGCCGCUGGAACUUCGACCCUGGGUCAUGUUACACGAGCUACAUAACUGUCCCCCGUUCAACGAGAUCCACGACAACAUGAGGUCCCGCCGACCAUGACAACGUCUCCUCUGGGUAAGCAUUCAUGAUAUCAACGACAACCUGACUCUUCAAUGAACGCCACCGACACCAGCGCCUUGCGUGCGCACAUUGCGACUCUUGAAGCCCAGCUCCAGGCCACUAAAUCAUUACUUUCCACAAUCGAAAGCACGGCGAAAGACGAGCCCGAUGGAUCAUUCUCCUCCAACCCCAUCACCCUACCUAUCACCCCUUCUCUACAUAAUCUGAUGCUACUCUCCGACUCAGCCAUGCCACUUGGCUCAUUUGCAUAUUCUAGCGGACUCGAAUCGUUUCUUAUCCACAAUAAACCCAGCUCCGCCAGCAGUGCCAGUCAACCACCACUAUCCCAAUUCCACCGGUUCCUCAACCUCUCAGUCCAAUCUGUCGCCUACACAACCAUCCCAUACGUGCUAGCUGCCUUUCGCGACCCUUUGGACCUGAUGGAUCUUGACAAUGACCUCGAUGCCUCAACUCCAUGUACUGUCGCUCGAAGGGCAAGUAUCGCCCAGGGUCGGGCCCUUCUUUCAGUCUGGGAAAAGGCUUUUCUCCGAACUGCUCGCUCGCAGUUCGAAACCCACGACCAGGUUAUCACCGCCAUCGAGGUCUUUUCACGCGAUUUGAAGCUCUCCGCCAUUUCGAAUUCGUCUUCGACCUCGUUGCCAGCGGUCAACGGCCAUCUCGCACCAUUAUGGGGUGUGAUUAGUCUUGCUCUGGGGCUUAACCUCGAAGAAUCUGGAUAUCUGUUCCUGCUCAACCAUGCCAAAGCCGUUGUCAGUGCAGCUGUCAGAGCUUCCGUCAUGGGGCCUUACAUGGCGCAAACUGUGCUGGCAGGCAAACCUCUUCAAGAUCUGAUUCGCGGUGCCCUCGAGAAGGUGUGGCGCCUGACGCCUGAAGAUGCAGGCCAGGUCGUUCCAUGUCUUGACCUAUGGGUUGGGAGACACGAAUUACUGUAUUCAAGGAUAUUCAAUUCAUAGUUCUUGUUUUAUAUAGCAGGCGAGUUCUGCCAGAAUAGAUGUACAUAUAGCCGAGCUAAUAUGAAUCUUGGGUCCGC